GACGGUUGCCAUGGAGACGGCGGCGCGGUGGGGCCGAGGCCCCGCGGCCCGCGCUGUCCGCCCGCUCCUCCCGCCCGGCCCGGCCCCUCCCGGGAGCUGCCGCACCAACACCGCCCCAACACCGGCCGACCCAGCAAUAAGUAAACAUGAAUGAGGUGGUGGAGACCCUGAAGAAGAUCGAGGAGAAGUACAAGCUCUUCCAGCAGCAGCAGUUCACCUUCAUCAGAGCCCUGGAGCGCACGCGGGAGGAAGCCCAUGACAUGAUCAGACCUGUGUCAUCCAUUGUCCAGGUGCAGUGCUACAAGGACCACCACUGCUACAACUCCACAGACAGGCGCAUCCUCAACAUGUUCGUGUCCCUGUGCAACGAGCUGCGCUGCCUGUGCCAGAGGAUGGAGACGGUGCACGCUGGGGACAGCGUCACCAACGGCCUUUUGGAGAAGUGCAAAUUGCUCCUGAACGACAGCAACGACCUCACUGCCCUUCGAGCCACGUACCCCCACAGAGUUGUGAACUUCCUGAGCAUAGAGGAAGCGAAGCAUCGCUAUGGAGGGGUGGUGAGCGUGCUGCCCAUCGUCCUGGACAGCAUGAGGGACUGGGUCACACACUCCAAGAGGUACCUGAUCCCCAAUGUGAGUCAUGCACCUGCCAUGGCCUAGAAGCACAGAUCCCCUUCCCAAACAGCCCCUGCUGGGCACUGGGCAGCUCAGACCUGCAAUAGUAACAAAAAGACUGUGCUGUUAUUGCAGGAGAACCAGUGCCAGAGGUGCAAGUAUG